AUGCCAAGGUCUCAAAUUACCAAUACCAUUGUGAUGGAUGUGCCAUAUGCAGAACUGGUGGUGCAGAUAACCUUUUUCACUGUGAUAAACUUGUUUCACUGUGAUAAAUGUGGGUGUUGCUACAACAAUGUCAUGAAGGAUUCCCACACUGCUGUGUCAAAAGAGCAAUACAUCCCAAUUGCCCUGUCUGCUUCGAGUCUUACUGAAGCUAUAAGCUGUUGUUAUAUCUACAGCACUAAUGGGAUGGGAGACAGAAAGAUGAAUGAUUUCUUUAACGAUAAACGGAUGGUUCCUCCUGGCAAGUCAUUGAUGGCUUUGAAUGGUGCUUUGAUCAAUAUUGAGGAUCUUGAUCUUUGCCUGAAUUUUGGCCUAAGUUAUUGUGCACAAGAUCAAACAGCGGCUGACAAAAAUGAUUCAGUAUGGUAUAAGAAUGAGGAAACUUCAACUGAAAGUGAGAUCAUGAAGGAGAGGACUAUUGCAUGA